GCGGCUAUAGGUGACGGAAAUGGAGCGUGGUUGCCGUGUUUACCUCUCAUUUCCUAGUAUAAAAACUUCGUAACAACCAUGUCGAGGUUUGAGCAAACGUUUUGGGACCAGAAAGGGUACGAAGAGCUCCGCAAAGUCUCCCGACAAGGAAGUGAAUUUAGUAAAGAAAUUGCAAAUGUCUUGAGCGAAAGAUCAAAAAUAGAACAAAAUUAUGCUGAGCAACUUUCAAAGCUUUCCAGCAAGGCAACAAAACUUUGUGCAAAGGAUGUUACAGGCACAAUAAAGACAACAUGGGAGAGAAUAUCUAAAGAAAUGGAAGAUGAAGCCGAAAUUCACAGAUCUCUUUCCUCGCAAAUAUAUGAUGAAGGAUCAAAGCAAGUCAAGGCUUUUCUGGAUCAGCAAAUCAAGACACGGAAAAUGGUUGAAUCCAGUGUUGAUAAAGCAUAUAAAACUUUUACAGAUAAACUAAAUGAAUCAAUUAAGGCCAAGAAAUCGUCUCAUUCAAAAUCAAAAGAAGUAGAAAAUUUGUACCAACAACUUGAGGAUGUGCGGUUAGGAAAAGGCAAAUCACUAUCAGAUAAAGAUAUUACUAAGCUUGAAACUAAACUAAGAAAGCUAACAGAGUCAUCUGCAAAAACAGACAAGGAAUAUAGAGAUGUUUAUCAGUUAUCAGAAAGGAUGAGAUUGGAUUGGGAAUCUGCAAUGAGCAAAUGCUGUCAGACAUGUGAAAGGCUUGAAGAAGAAAGACUGUAUUACCUUAAAGACCUCUUUUCACUCUAUUCAAAUAUGCUUGCUGCAGUUGUACCUCAACUUCAACAGAAUUAUGAAAACAUUCAACAAGAGGCAUAUAAAAUGCAACCAUUAGAAGAUGUCCAAUUAAUAGCAGACACCAAAGGGAUCCCAAGAGAGCCUGCCGAGCAAGUUUUGUAUGACUGUUAUGAGGAGGAUCUGGAGAUCAAUAUGAAUUUUGACCGAAGAAGAGAGGCCCUGGAAAAUAAGAUCCAGAUAUUUACUACAGAAAUAGAGAAAGAAAAGAAAACUAAAGAAGGAAUCAAAACUUUACUUGACACAUAUUCUGAGAACCCUGGAUACUGUGACGAGGAAGGCAAAAGAGAUGUCACACUUCAGCUCAGCCAUUCCAAUGCUGUCAUUGAUAGCUUACAAUCAAGCUUAUACAAACUACAGUGUGCUUUAGCAAAACUUCAAGGAGAAGAAAAACCUACAUUUUAUCUCAUGAAUUACAUCAGCACAUCCAAAGAUAAACAGGUUUAUAGUACUAGUGUAAGUAAGCUACAACACAGAAUGUCUACAAAGCGUACAUCACAAACAAACUUACCAAUAACCCAGAGAGGGAGAUUUUACAAUAUGUGUACUUCCGGUGUACCACUUCCGGGAAUUUCUCAAAGUGUGCUUAGAGUGCCUUUAGAUCAAGUGACAAGUAGGGAUUAUGAGAGUGAUGGACAGUUAGAUGACUUUGACGAUGAUUAUGGAACUGAUACAGUUCUCUGUCAGUGUAGAGUACUGUACGAGUUUGYUGCAGAGCAAAGCGAUCAACUGUCUAUCACACCAGGUGAUAUUAUCAGUGUGACCGAAAAAAAUGCCGAUGGCUGGUGGAAGGGUGAAUGUAACAACAGAAGAGGAUUUUUCCCUGGGUCAUACGUAGAAGAACUGCAUUGAACCGAAUUAAAUCUAUUUAAAAACAGCGGCUUUUGGAAGCGGAUUUUGUGACCACAAUU